AUGCACCCAGACAGGAAGAACGUGCGAUGGCUACAGCGGCCAUUCCCACGCGGCGCUGCUGUCUGUCUACUCAAUCCACUUCAGGACUUUCCUGGCACGGAACUUGAGCACCGAUUCUUGACAUUCUUCCAUCGCCACACCACUCCGAUAAUUUCCGGCAGUUUUGAUUCGGACUUCUGGAGUGUAUUGCUCCCUUGCGUGGGCCAGACCGAACCAACCAUCCAGCAUGCUAUGAUCGCCGUGGGCGCCGUCUACGCACGACUUGAGUCCACAGACAAGCUCCUCCAUGUGUUUGGCAGCCGGGAGGAAAGUCAACGUUACGAGUUGCAGCAAUACAACAAAGCCAUUCGCAACUUGAGAAGACACUUAUCGGCAAAUAGUGUCACCUUGGAGGUGACCUUAUCCGUUUGUGUUCUGCUCAUCUGCUUGGAACUGCUGCAAGGGAGUAUAGAGCACGCAAUCCUUCAUCUCCAAGGAGGGAUGAGCAUCUUAGACGGAUAUCAAACUGCGGGCUCCUUGAGGUCAGAAUCCAUCGCGCACAAACUGGAGAAUAUUUUCUACCGCUUGGGUAUGCAGUGA